AUGUGGAUCCUAGACUUCCGGAGAGUGCCCCCGGUGGCGGGAAGACUGGUCAACAUGACCAGGGAGAUACGGGAUGUGACCAGGGACAAAAAGCUCUGGAGGACUUUCUUCAUCUCCCCAGCCAAUAACAUUUGUUUCUACGGCGAGUGCUCCUACUACUGCUCUACUGAGCAUGCUCUGUGUGGGAAGCCAGACCAGAUCGAGGGUUCUCUGGCUGCCUUCCUGCCAGACCUGGCCCUGGCCAAACGCAAGACCUGGAGGAACCCUUGGAGACGAUCCUACCACAAACGCAAGAAAGCAGAGUGGGAGGUGGACCCAGACUACUGUGACGAGGUGAAGCAGACUCCUCCCUAUGACCGUGGUUCUCGUCUGCUGGACAUCAUGGACAUGACCAUCUUUGACUUCCUCAUGGGUAACAUGGACCGGCACCAUUACGAGACUUUUGACAAGUUUGGAAACGAGACCUUCAUCAUCCAUCUGGACAAUGGAAGAGGGUUUGGGAAACACUCCCACGACGAGCUCUCCAUCCUGGUGCCGCUGAGCCAAUGCUGCAGAGUGAGGAAGUCGACCCACUUGCGUCUGCAGCUGCUCGCCAAGGAGGAGUACCAGCUGAGCCGUCUGAUGGAGGAGUCCCUGCUGCGUGACCGCCUCCACCCCGUCCUCAUCCAGCCCCACCUGGAGGCCAUGGACCGGAGGCUGCGCCUGGUGCUCCAGGUCCUGGCUGUCUGCGUGGAGAAGGAGGGCUACAGUAACGUGGUGGAGGUGGACGACCACCACUGGGCCAGAGAAGCCAGAGGGGGCAGGGACACAGCCACCCACAGGAACCCAGGGCACAGGUAGUGAGGCCUGGCUAGGAAGAGAGGGAGAUGGGGGGUGGAGGGGUGGUACCCCUGGUUCUCCUGCUUCUCCCCAUCCUGGACCUCCAAAGAAACUACCGUUGAUGGUGAACCAACCAUGGGUGUCUGGUCUCACGGAGAGACUGACUGGAUCCUGUGCCUGUGCGGGAGCCGCCAUUUUGAAUUCAGUGAAUUCCGAGACUUGCCGUCAAUGCCUCUAUGGAACCUCCCAUGUAUGUGUGUUUAUAUAUAGGUACUGUUGGUCCACAGAUACAGCAGUGAGCUGAGGAGAGAAGAGGUCUUUGCUCAGUACCAAUGUUUUAUUACUUCUCUUGGACAUGAUAAAUAGGGACCAUUUUCAUUUUACUUUGUUGGUUUUCUUAUUUUAUUUUUUGGGGGGUUGUUUGAAUGUGAAGGCUAUCAUUGUUUGCUCGGGUUAGCACUAAGCUAGCUACAGUAUAUUUACACAACCAAAUGAGAUUUUACUUUAACAAGUUCAAAUGUGGUUUGAGAUUAAUUUAUGCACAGUAACUGGAGGAAUGGAAUAGAAGGUUUAUAAAGCUUUAAUUUUAAAGAGAGAGUAUGAAAAGAAUAUAGUAUAUUAUUUAUGAUGAAUGUCAGUGUGACCGUUAUUUAUCAGUUGCCUCCAUUUUCAACCCAUCACUAUCUAUGACUUUGCUUAUAGGCCUCCAUUACUAUGAGACAUUAUACAAGAGGCUGUUUACAGUACAGAAAGUACCUGGUAUUUACUAAGAAAUUACAUGGUAAAAUGGUAAUUGUACAGUAAUACCCCAUUAAUUACUACAUAAAGUACUCAUUUGGUACUUUGGGAUUCAAACAAGCAUUUAAAUAUACACCAUUUUGAUCCAGGUAGUUCCCAAUUGUGGUGAAUUUUAAGCAUAAAGUAUAGUGAAAGCCCCAGCUAGAACUCAGUGAUGCCACAUAGUUUCCUGGUAAGUACCACCUAAAUACCCGUCAAAGCAGUACACCAUUAAAGAAAGUGCUACCGGUUUCCUUUUCAAUAAAGCUUUCAGUUCAACUUAAAUUCAGUGUUCAAAGCCUGGAUGGCAGCAGCUCUCUUAAACAAGGGCUCUUAUUGAAGCACCUCUCAGCAGCCCAGAAGUUGACUAGUGUUGAGUGUCCUGCCCUCCUCCAUUAAUAUUAGAUAUCAUUCAAUCUUUCCAUUUCUUUUCAUCAAAGCCUUCCAUCAAAAUGUGUCACUCGUUCAUGGUUGGCACUUAAGAUAAUUGCUGCCCCGUUUAUUCAGAAAUUCUGCAUUUUUGACUGAGGAACUUCUAAAUCAAUGCUUUGCUGGAAUGGCUGGAAUGAAAACAUGCUGCGUGGUUUACUAGGACAUGUUUUUCAAGGACAUGAGAAUAGCCUUUACAGGAAGUUGUGAUAGAUGAUGACAGUGUGACCGACAAGGCUGAAAUGUUUGUUUUUGCUUAGAUCUCACGUUAACUGAGCCUGUCUGUUCUGGUCUCAGCUGGCAUGGCAGUCCUGGCUUACAGGAUGUGGAUACAAAGGGUACCUCCCAAAUGACAUCCUAACCCCAUAGGGCUCUGGUCAAAAGUAGUGCACUAUAUAUGGAAAUAGGGUGCCAUUUGGGAUUCUUGCAAAUAAUAAUAAUAAUAAUACAGGACUAUGUAAAUACUGCCAUGAGAGAAUAUCAAUCUGACACUAUUCAUUUAAUAGGCCUUCGAGGUCUUGGUCAAAAUCCCCAUGUAUCUGCAUAUCAUGUAACAAAUGAGAGAUUUUUGCUGUUUUUCCCCCAAAAAACAUGAUCUCUUUGCUUUAUCCCCACGUGAGAUUAUUUUAUUACCAACAAUCUCUCACCAGUUUUGCUCACACUUCACGCAGCCUCAAGUUGACGUCAGUAACAGCGAAAUUAUUAUUUGGGAGAAAUAGUCUAGUCUCUAUCCAUGUGGAUGUAAAGAUAGGUUGGAACUGUGAUUACAGUGUAUAGCAGUAUACAAGGCAGAUGCUCUACCCCGUUGUCAUGCCAUUCAUCUUUUAUACCAACUAAAGUUACCAUUACAACACCAAACAAAUGUCAAAUGCAGUUUUCUGUUACAAUCCAGGCUACACAGUCACGCACAAUGUUCCUGUUGUAUUGUUCAAUGCUUUUCCAAAUUAAAAUGAUUUAUUGACGUGUCAUAACAUUUAAACAUGGAUGUGGAAAUAAGGGGUAUGUUCUAAGGUUUUUCUUUUUUUGAAACAUUUCUCUUUAUGUUUUGGUACUAAUUAUGUUUUGGUACUAAUUAUGUUUUGGUACUAUUUAUGUUUUGGUACUAAUUAUGUUUUGGUACUAUUUACUGUUAUGUCCAUUUUAUGAUCUGAAAAGCUGUCUUUGAUUGCAGGAAGCGUUGAGCUCUAUACAGGCGUUCCAUAUUCCACCAAUAGCCCCUAGAAUCUGGCUACGUAUGGCUAACCUGGUGCCUGUGGAAUGUUGGGUAUACUGAAUGUUUCAGCUGGCCAUACGAACAGGACUACAACUACAUAGAGUUCCCACUACAGCCUGUGUGACCUGGAUCCUCAGACCAAGUUUAAAGAGUUAACAUUACACAUUUACGUUUGAGUCAUUCUGCAGACGCUCUUAUCCAGAGUGACUUACAGUAGUGAGUGCAUACAUUUUUGCAUACUUUUUUGUACUGGUCCUCCGUGGGAAUCGAACCCACAACCCUGGAGUUGCUCUACCAACUCAGCCUUCUCCUCCCUUCAUACAGCAGAAGUUAAAGGGUUAACUCAGCCCUGGGCAUUGUACUUGCGAUUUUCAUAUUGUCACUGUAAAUAUCUAUAAAUAUAUUGGAAGACCUAAGAGGCUGCAGUGCCGCAGCGAUACGCUUCUGUUCUGUUUUCUCCUAUUGCAUUGUUGCUGUGAACAUCUGUUAGCUAAAUGAUAAAGGUGUGCAAUAAAAAAAUUAC